CGGCGCAGGGCUCUGUGUGUGCAUGAACCAAUUUUCAGUGCGUUUUUGUGAACGUAAACAAUUUAAAUUUCGCAGGAUAUAAAUAAAAAUGUUACAAAGUAUUUACGAGCUACCAUUUAAUAUUUUGGUGCCUCCAAAUAUUAAACUUCGUAUACAUAUUCCAAAACCAUCUCCCUUCUUCAUUUUCUGUUGUAUCUUAGUAUCAUACUUUUUGGUGACUGGAGGAAUCAUAUAUGAUGUUAUUGUGGAACCACCAAGCGUUGGCGCCACUGUAGACGAAAAUGGACAUUCAAGACCUGUAGCCUUUAUGCCUUAUCGUGUCAAUGGGCAGUACAUUAUGGAAGGAUUGGCGAGCAGUUUUCUUUUUACAAUAGGAGGACUUGGAUUUAUUAUAAUGGAUCAGACACAUGCUCCGGGAAAAACGAAUCUUAAUCGUUUAUUGCUCACUUCUAUGGGAUUCAUAUUUAUUUUAGUAUCAUUCUUUACAACAUGGCUUUUUAUGCGAAUGAAAUUGCCCAGUUAUUUACAGCCAUAAAUUUAUCGGAAUCUCAAAUGUAGCAGACAAGAUUAAACAAUUUGCUCAUUUUUUAAAGUAUUACUAACACAAAUGCAAUAUGUGCAGUUCACGAUAUAAAGAUGUAUUAGACUCAAUAAAAUUUUGCUAUUUUGAAAAAUA